AUGAUAUAUUCAUCUUUUCGUAUUAUCCUCUUAUCAUUUUAUAUUUUAUUAUUCGCUUCUUUGGACAGCUCUUUGAAAGCGAUCCAUGCACUUGUGUCAGGACCACACAUUAUUUUUCCUUUGGAUAGUGUACAACCAUACCACCACCGUCUAAUGAAUAAAAAUAUUAUUAAACCAGCACAAAUACAACCACACCACCAUCAUCAUCAUGUAACAAAAGAUAAAACACGACAUUAUCCAGUACAUAAUCAUGUGUUAUCUGAUAUGUCGACAAUUCAAAUACCGCAACCUCAUCGUCCUUUCUCUUCCAAUCCAUCAUAUCACACAUCUUCACAACCCAGACCUAUAUCCCCGUGGUCACAAACAUAUGCUCAAUGUGAAGCGUCACAAUUAAACAGUCUUUUAUCACCGAUAUCAUCAAUAUCAUGUGAAAAAUUAUUGAAAAACCAACUUAAAUUACCUUUGCUUCGUUCAAUGCUUCUUACAUCGGCAUGUGCAAGAAUUCAGGGCGCAAACGAAUUUGAUGAAAUGAUUAGAGCAUUGGCACUUCAAAUUUCAAUGUUAAAUGCUGAAAAUAGGGAGCCACAAUCUACUACUAUUGAGGUUACUACAACAACUUCUGAUACAGAUCAAAAAAUUAAUGAUGCAUUGCCGAACGAAUUGUUAUUAUCUGAAGCGCUUAUUAAACCAGAAACAGGAUUAGAUGAUGACACUCAGAAUGAUGACAUUGAAAGUUCACAUUAUCCAACUCCUUCUUCACC